UCAGUGUAGGGCCCUGAGAAGUUGGGUAUUUAUGGAACAUCUGAUACACACAGAAUUGUGCUCCAUACUGCUUAAACUGUUCCCUAAGUGUCCAAUUUGGAGAAGACACCCACAUACAGGAUAACUGGCGAGUGACGCGGAGUGGCUGCGAGUCCAAGUUAUCACUAACGGAUGGGGAGCUUGGGCUGGGCACAGUCCAGCGUACUGAACCCUUCCCCCACCGUUUCAUCUACAUCCAGAGGUGUGUGCUGUCAGAAAGCAGCGCCUCCAAGUCUCUUCUGACACUGUCUGGACUCCGAUCCGAGGCAGACGAGGAAGCUGAGAAAACCCUGGCGUUGACCCCGUGGAACUGGGCGCCCCGGGAAGGCCAGCGCUGGGUCCAGGCAGGCGGGGCCUGUGCGGUGACCACCCUGGUCCUGAAAAGUCCCAGCCCCGAGCGCCCUCCCUCCUAGACCUGGAGGCCUGGAACAGCUAGGUGGACGUCGGCCCUCUUGCUGCGGAAGACAAAGCCUUUCUCUUCUUUCCUUCGCAUUUUCCUACCACCUCCCACCCCACUCCCGCCUUCGGGGCAAAGGCAGCCAGAUCCACCCAGGACACAUUCUUUGUCCUUAUCCCUCUGUGCUCGUCCCACAGCAAGCCAGUCGCGGUCCAAGGCUCCAGAGGCUGUGCAGGAGGCCGAGCUGGGUGGCGAUCAGCGGCGUGUCCCUGUCCAAAAUCCAGCAGAGCCGCCAGGGACGCCCCAAACACAGAAGGCGGGGCGCGGGGAGGGUGGGGAAACCACAGCAGUAAGGCGCGCGAGCCGGGAAGUGAACGAGGACUGAUUCCUGUCGCUUCCCGUAGCCGCCCACGGACGCCAGAGCCGGGAACCCUGACGGCACCUAGCGGCUGACAAACAACCUGCUCCGUGGAGCGCCUGAAACACCAGUCUUUGGGGCCAGUGCCUCAGUUUCAAUCCAGGUAACCUUUAAAUGAAACUUGCCUAAAAUCUUAGGUCAUACACAGAAGAGACUCCAAUCGACAAGAAGCUGGAAAAGAAUGAUGUUGUCCUUAAACAACCUACAGAAUAUCAUCUAUAACCCGGUAAUCCCGUAUGUUGGCACCAUUCCUGAUCAGCUGGAUCCUGGAACUUUGAUUGUAAUACGUGGGCAUGUUCCUAGUGACGCGGACAGAUUCCAGGUGGAUCUGCAGAAUGGCAGUAGCGUGAAACCUCGAGCCGAUGUGGCCUUUCAUUUCAAUCCUCGUUUCAAAAGGGCAGGCUGCAUUGUUUGCAAUACUUUGAUAAAUGAAAAAUGGGGACGGGAAGAGAUCACUUAUGACACGCCUUUCAAAAGAGAAAAGUCUUUUGAGAUCGUGAUGAUGGUGCUGAAGGACAAAUUCCAGGUGGCUGUGAAUGGAAAACAUACUCUGCUCUAUGGCCACAGGAUCGGCCCAGAGAAAAUAGACACUCUGGGCAUUUAUGGCAAAGUGAAUAUUCACUCAAUUGGUUUCAGCUUCAGCUCGGAUUUACAGAGUACCCAAGCAUCUAGUCUGGAACUGACAGAGAUAAGUAGAGAAAAUGUUCCAAAGUCUGGCACGCCCCAGCUUAGCCUGCCAUUUGCUGCAAGGUUGAACACCCCCAUGGGCCCGGGACGAACUGUCGUCGUUAAAGGAGAAGUGAAUGCAAAUGCCAAAAGCUUUAAUGUUGACCUACUAGCAGGAAAAUCAAAGGAUAUUGCUCUACACUUGAACCCACGCCUGAAUAUUAAAGCAUUUGUAAGAAAUUCUUUUCUUCAGGAGUCCUGGGGAGAAGAAGAGAGAAAUAUUACCUCUUUCCCAUUUAGUCCUGGGAUGUACUUUGAGAUGAUAAUUUAUUGUGAUGUUAGAGAAUUCAAGGUUGCAGUAAACGGCGUACACAGCCUGGAGUACAAACACAGAUUUAAAGAGCUCAGCAGUAUUGACACGCUGGAAAUUAACGGAGACAUCCACUUACUGGAAGUAAGGAGCUGGUAGCCUACCUACACAGCUGCUACAAAAACCGAAAUACAGAAUGGCUUCUGUGAUACUGGCCUUGCCGAAACCCAUCUCACUGUCAUUCUAUUGUUUAUAUUGUUAAAAUGAACUUGUGCACCGUUAGGUCCUACUGGGUGUUCUCAGUCCUUGUCAUGAAGUAUGGCAGUGUCUAGCACUGAAUGGGGAAACUGGGGGCAGCAACACUUAUAGCCAGUUAAAGCCACUCUGCCCUCUCUCCUACUUUGGCUGACUCUUUAAGAAUCCCAUUCAACAAGUAUUUAUGGAGUACCUACUAUAAUACAGUAGCUAACAUGUAUUGAGCACAGAUUUUUUUUUGGUAAAACUGCGCGCGAGGAGCUGGGUUAUAUACUUGGUGAAACAAACCAGUAUGUUCCCUGUUCUCUUGAGCUUCGACUCUUCUGUGCUCUAUCGCUGUGCACUGCUUUUUCUACAGGCAUUACAUCAACUCCUAAGGGGUCCUCUGGGAUUAGUUAUGCAGCUAUUAAAUCACCCGAAGACACUAAUUUAUAGAAGACACAACUCCUUCCCCAGUGAUCACUCUCAUAACCAGUGCUCUAUCGUAUCCCAUCAUUGAGGACUGAUGUUGACUUACAUCAUUUUCUUUAUCGUAAUAAACAUGUGGCUCUAUUAGCUGCAAGCUUUACCAAGUAAUUGGCAUGACACCUGAGCACAGAAAUUAAGGCAAAAAACCAAAGCAAAACAAAUACAUGGUGCUAAAAUUAACUUGAUGUCAAGCCCAAGGCAGCUGAUUUCUGUGUAUUUGAACUUAGGGCGAAUCAGAGUCUACACAGACGCCUACAGAAAGUUUCAGGAAGAGGCAAGAUGCAUUCAAUUUGAAAGAGAUUUAUGGGCAACAAAGUAAGGUCAGGAUUAGACGUCAGGGAUUCAUAAGGCAGGCACUAUCAGAAAGUAUACGUCAACUAAGGGACCCACAAAGCAGGCAGAGGUAAUGCAGAAAUCUGUUUUGUUUCCAUGAAAUCACCACUCAAGGCCUCUGUUCUUCAAAAGAUUAUUAUCCAUCAUCAUUAGCAACUGAGAUCAAAGCACUCUUCCGCUUUACGUGAUUAAAAUCAAACCUGUAUCAGCAAGUUAAAUGGCUGCAUUUCUGUGAUUUUUCUAUUAUUUGAGGGGAGUUGGCAGAAGUUCCAUGAAUAUGGGAUCUUUACAAGUCAGAUCUUGUUACAGGAAAUUUCAAAGGUUUGGGAGUGGGGAGGGAAAAAAGCUCAGUCAGUGAGGAUCAUUUUAUCACAUUAGACUGGGGCAGAACUCCGCCAGGAUUUAGGAAUAUUUUCAGAACAGAUUUUAGUUAGAUAUUAUUUCUAUCCAUAUAUUGAAAAGAAUACCAUUGUCAAUCUUAUUUUUUAAAAAGUACUCACUGUAGAAAUCACUAGCCCUUAAUUCUUUUCAUGUUAAUUUAUGCAGAGUCUCACCAAGCUCAAAGACACUGGUUGGGGGUGGGGGGGGUGCCACAGGGAAAGCCGUAGAAGGCAAGAAGACUCGAGAAUCCCCCAGAGUUAUUUUUCUUCAUAAAGACCAUCAGAGUGCUUAACUGAGCGGUUGGAGACUGUGAGGCAUUUAGGAAAAAAAUAGCCCACUCACAUCAUUCCUUAUAAGUCUUAAGUUCAUUUUCAUUUUACAUGGAGUAAAAAAAUUUAAAAAGCUAUUAGUAUUUAUUAAUGAAUUUUACUGAGACAUUUCUUAGAAAUACACACUUCUAUACUAGCAAGCUCUGUCUCUAAACUGCAAGUUGGCCUUUUGCUUGCCACAUUUCUGCAUUAAACUUCUAUAUUCGUUUCAAAGGCUUUUAAACUCAAUGUGAACAUUCUACGGGAUUGUUCUUAGAUGCCUUUAAAAAGGGGGCAGAUUUAAUUUUAUUUGAGCCCUCACUUUCCAACUUCACCAUGACCCAGUAUUAGAGAUUAGGGCACUUCAAAGCAUUGAAAAAAAUCUACUGAUACUUACUUUGUUAGACAAGUAAUUCUUAGUUAACCACCAAUGGAACUGGGUUCAUUCUUAAUCCUGGAGGAGCUUCCUCGUGCCACCCAGUGUUUCUGGGCCCUCUGUGUGAGCAGCCAGGUGUGAGCUGUUUUAGAAGCAGCGUAUUGCCUUCAUCUCUCCCGUUUCCCAAAAAGAACAAAGGAUAAAGGUGAGUCACACUCCUGGGUUAAAAAAAAAAGCAUUCCAGAACCACUUCUUUUUAUAGGCACAACAAAGAAAUGAAGGCUGAAGUUCGCCUACCCAAAAUGAAAAGUAGGCUUUACGGUCAAAUGUAUUUCUGUUGAUUGCUAAAUAACUUCAUUUUCUUGAAAUAGAGCAACUUUGAGUGAAAUCUGCAACACGGAUACCAUGUAUAUUAAGAUAUUGCUGUACAGAAGAGUUAAGGCUUACAGUGCAAAUAAGGCAUCAGCUUUGGGUGCUAAAAUUAACAAGUCUAAUAUUAUUACCAUCAAUCAGGAAGAGAAUAAUAAAUGUUUAAACAAACA